AUGGAUUCUGACAUGGAUUAUGAAAGGCCAAACGUAGAGACCAUCAAGUGCGUGGUGGUGGGGGACAACGCCGUGGGCAAGACCAGGCUAAUCUGUGCCCGGGCCUGCAAUGCCACCCUCACCCAGUACCAGCUGCUUGCCACCCAUGUGCCCACGGUUUGGGCCAUCGACCAGUAUCGGGUGUGCCAGGAGGUUCUGGAACGCUCCCGAGAUGUGGUAGACGACGUCAGCGUCUCCCUGCGCCUCUGGGACACCUUUGGAGACCACCACAAAGACCGGCGCUUUGCUUAUGGGAGGUCCGACGUGGUGGUUCUGUGCUUCUCCAUCGCCAACCCCAACUCCCUUCACCAUGUCAAGACCAUGUGGUACCCCGAGAUCAAGCACUUCUGCCCCCGGGCACCUGUCAUCUUGGUGGGCUGCCAGCUGGACCUGCGCUACGCCGACCUGGAGGCCGUCAAUAGGGCCCGGCGACCCUUGGCUCGGCCCAUCAAGCCCAAUGAGAUUCUUCCCCCCGAGAAGGGAAGGGAGGUGGCCAAGGAGCUGGGCAUCCCCUACUAUGAGACCAGCGUGGUGGCCCAGUUCGGCAUCAAGGACGUCUUCGACAACGCCAUCCGCGCAGCCCUCAUCUCUCGCCGCCACCUGCAGUUCUGGAAGUCCCACCUCCGCAACGUGCAGCGGCCUCUGCUGCAGGCACCCUUCCUGCCCCCCAAGCCCCCUCCCCCCAUCAUCGUGGUGCCCGACCCCCCCUCCAGCAGUGAGGAGUGCCCCGCCCACCUCCUGGAGGACCCGCUGUGCGCGGACGUCAUUCUGGUGCUGCAGGAGCGGGUGCGCAUCUUUGCCCACAAGAUCUACCUCUCCACGUCCUCCUCCAAGUUCUACGACCUGUUCCUCAUGGACCUGAGUGACGGGGAGCUGGGGGGCCCCUCGGGGCCAGGGGGCCCCCGCCCAGAGGACCACCGGGCUCACCCUGACCCACACCACCACCAUCACCACCACCACGGCCGGGACUUCCUGCUCCGGGCCGCCAGCUUUGACGUGUGCGAGAGCGUGGAGGACGGUGCAGGCUCGGGCCCCGCUGGGCUCCGGGCCUCCACCAGCGACGGGAUCUUACGGGGCAACGGAACAGGGUACCUGCCUGGGAGAGGCCGCGUGCUGUCUUCCUGGAGCCGAGCUUUUUUGAGCAUCCAGGAGGAGAUGGCAGAGGACCCACUGACCUACAAAUCCAGGCUGAUGGUGGUGGUGAAAAUGGACAGUUCCAUCCAGCCAGGGCCUUUCCGGGCGGUCCUCAAGUACCUGUACACGGGGGAGCUGGACGAGAAGGAGCGGGACCUCAUGCACAUCGCCCACAUCGCCGAGCUGCUUGAGGUCUUUGAUCUGCGCAUGAUGGUGGCCAACAUUCUCAACAACGAGGCCUUCAUGAACCAGGAGAUCACCAAGGCCUUCCACGUCCGCCGGACCAACCGGGUGAAGGAGUGCUUGGCAAAGGGCACCUUCUCAGAUGUGACCUUCAUCCUGGAUGACGGCACCAUCAGCGCCCACAAGCCCCUGUUGAUUUCCAGCUGCGACUGGAUGGCUGCCAUGUUUGGGGGGCCGUUUGUGGAGAGUUCCACCCGGGAGGUUGUGUUUCCGCACACGAGCAGGAGCUGCAUGCGGGCGGUGCUGGAGUACCUGUACACCGGCAUGUUCACCUCCAGCCCCGACCUGGACGACAUGAAGCUCAUCAUCCUGGCCAACCGCCUCUGCCUGCCGCACCUGGUCGCCCUCACAGAGCAGUACACCGUGACCGGGCUGAUGGAAGCAACUCAGAUGAUGGUGGACAUCGAUGGGGACGUCCUUGUGUUUCUGGAACUGGCUCAGUUCCACUGUGCGUACCAGUUGGCAGACUGGUGUCUCCACCACAUCUGCACCAACUACAACAACGUGUGCCGCAAGUUCCCCCGAGACAUGAAGGCCAUGUCCCCAGAAAACCAGGAGUAUUUUGAGAAGCACCGCUGGCCGCCCGUGUGGUACCUGAAGGAGGAGGAUCACUACCAGCGGGCCCGGAAGGAGCGGGAGAAGGAGGACUAUCUCCACCUGAAGCGGCAGCCCAAGCGGCGGUGGCUGUUCUGGAACAGUCCCUCCUCCCCGUCCUCCCCCGCGGCCUCCUCGGCGUCCCCAUCUUCCUCCUCGGCCUUGGUCUGAGAUGCUGCCGCCCUCUUCUGACUCUGCUGCUCUUGUGCCCACCUGCCCUUGCCCCUCCGCUCUCUGCAUCGCCCCCUCCACCUCCCAGGGACAAGGGGACCCACCUAACCAGGACCCGAAGGGCGGGGCUGUUCUCACCAGCCAACAGCUCAUCCAGAGAGGAGCCAGGCCUCAUGGGUCAGAACAGGGACCCCCUUCGGAGGCCCCCAGUUCUGAAACAGGGCGGGGGACAGUUCCUGGGAGGUGGGAGCAGGGGACAGCUCCUGAGAGUGCUGACAUCCUGUCUCUGGGCUGGACAACCCUAGAGUCAGGGGGGGAACUUCCAGCCAUGAGAGCUGUGGUCUGUGGAGGCAGCCCCCUCCCGGGAGCGCAGUGCACAGGGAGGUCCUGCCUCUAUGGGCCAUAGUUUUCCACCAGUGGGCUUGGGGGUUGCAAAUGUUUUGUGGGCAUUUCCACGCGGAGCCUACUCAAAUCCUCACCGGAGAAGUCAGGGUAGAUAAGCCUUCAGGGCCCCGCCCAAGGCUUCCACUUCCUGGGUGCAGCUGCCGGAGGCCACACCUCCUGGGUGCCUCUGGGGCUGCCAGCAGCCAGGCCUGGUCAAGGGAAGUGGAGUUGUUCAGAGCUCCAGGCCUAGAAGCAGGGUCUCCUGGUGCAGUGAGAAACUUCUCCCUCCACUCUCCUUCACACUCCGAGAUGGGAUCCAAAGGAAACAGAACAGGGAAAGAAGGAAGCGGGCGGAGGGGGUCUGGACGCAGCAAUCCUGGGCUCCUCGGGGCUCCUCUAGUUCGCAUGGCUUCUUACGGGGUGGGGCAAAAUUAGCAAAAAAAGAAAAAGCAACAAACAAAACCACCACCAACAGAAACACUCUAGCCUCUAUUCCCUCAAAGAAAGGCCAGAGAAAGACCCUGUAUGGCUUACAUUUUAUAAAACCAAACAGGCCCCCGCACUGAUGAGACAGAGGUUUAGACUAUAGAAGUGUUUCGAGCCCUGUGAGGAGAGGGCUGCCGCCUGCAGUGAGGGGUGCCCGGCUGCCGGAGGCUCUGGGGCAGCAGCAGUCCCAGGCCUCCAGCCUGCGGGCGCUGAGGGCCCGGGGCGGGGUGGGAGGGAAGCUGGCCUCGGGGGUGGACUGUGGCCUUGGGUGAUUACUGUUGCCCAUCAUGAGAGGCAGGUUACCCUCCUCGCCUUCAGAGGUGACCCCACAGGAUGUGUUUGGAGGGCGGGUUGGGGGAGGGGUCAAGGGCCAGGAAAAAGGUCACUGACUGGGGAAUAGGAAUCUCGGCGAUGCAGGCUCCUAGGACAGGCCCUCCCUUAGUGCUGGUCUGGGAUAAAAGGGGACGAGGAAGGGAGGGUGGAGCCGGGGCAGCUCCAGGGUCGUCCAGAGAAGAGGAGGAUGAGGAGAGCACUUGCAGCCCCACGGGGAGAAGCUGGGCCGCGAUGGUCCUAUUUCACUCCCACAUCCUUUCUAGGCAGAAGACAGAGUCCCUCUGGGGAGGGUGGAGCCGGAGGGACACUGAGCUCCGGGCUCCGAGCUGCGGAGCCGCCUGGCCGGAGGAGGGACUGGCUUUAGGGCCAGGCCCCGGGGUGGGUCCCACCACAGCCAGGCUUCAGGUCUGGGAGGGAACAAACUUGCAACCAAGGAAACCUUUGUAACAACCCCGUGGUGCCAAGACCUAGAGAUUUCAGGUUAAGUCUUCUUCAAAAGAAGCAGCAGGAGGUGGCUGAGUGGCUGUGACCCGUGCUGUCGGAGCCCAAGGCCCUGGUGCCUCCCCUCCAAGUCCUGCAGGGUGGCUGCUGGGCAUGCCGGUCGCGUGCUGCCCUCUGCUGGCCGGUCUGUGGCCUCGGGAGGCUGAGGAGCAAUGGGAGGGGCAGGGCAGGGCGGGCAGUGUAUGGGGGAACAGCUCUGCCCCCGGCAGCACCUUUGCUCUGGGGAAGGAAACACGAGGAGCCACGGUCUCCCAGGAGCUGUAGGUGAGAGGAGGAGCCAAGGCCUGAAGUCCACGAGGAGGGGAAGUGGGAGUCUAUGAGUUUGCAGGGCAGAGCCCUGGCCAGUGGGGGGAGAAAGUGAGGGUGGCCCAGGAGGCGCAGGUGUAACCCAGAGACACCACUUGUGGGGGAGGGGGCAGGCCGGGCCUGGGGGUCCCUCUCCGAGGGAAGGGCAUGGAGGAGAGGGAAGGCGGGGCUAUGAUUCCAGUCCCCCGGGGCCCUGACACUUGGAAAUUCAGUCAGAGCAGGAGCCCGGCCAUGUGGGGCGAGUAUGAAAGCAUCCGGGGAAAGGGAGGAGGGCGUCCCACAGCGAGAACGGACAGCCCAGGACUCAUGUCACUCGGAGCUGUUCCAGAGGAUGGAGGACGGACGCGGAGAAAACAACAAACCCACACUCUUUUUAUAUGAGGUUUCAUAUUUAAUUUGGUCAUGGAUUCAUAAAUACAUGAAUAUUUUGUACCUAA